AAGCCCGCUCCUUCAAAAACCCCUCUCGUUUGGGCCGACGGCAGACAAGCUCUCUGCGAGACGCUGCCGUACUACAGGGCGUAUCAAAGUGGCGGCUACUGCACGGAUGGGCUAGCUCGAGCUUUCAUGUUUGACUCCAACAGCCACCCCCGGGAUUACAUGGAUCAGAAUGUCGUCGUCUCCCGUGCUGGUGGCGGGAAGUCCAAAGACGAGACAUCUGGCCAGAUGGUCAUGGCAGGCGACCAGAAGCAGACCACUCAAGUAUUAGAUGUCCUCAACAACAUCGCACAGUGUAACCCUGUGGUUAUUAUCGUGGGAGAGAACAAUCCGACCUGUCCUUCCCAACCACCCCAUGCUUACUGUGUGAUGGACUGGUUCAAGCCCACACAUGUGUGGUUCGAGAAAACGAAGGGCCAUAAAAUGAUCCGGUACCGGUUUGAGAAGCUGAGGCCUUAUGAGAACUGCUGGUGGGUGCCUUCAAAUUGGCCAGAGCCGAUUGGUCUCGGCGAUCUUGAGCCACCGGUGUCGAAGCAGUGCAAUGCUUGCAGUAAAGACAGCCUGCAAGUCUACAUCAACGGCUGGAUGUGUCUGCAACCAACUUGCUUGAGAUUUUGGAAGCUCGCAGAUGGAUCGGAACCAAGAGAAGAGGAUCUGCUGUACGAUCCACGGUUCCUCACAGCCAAUACUCCAUGGCCUCACUGCAGCGAACCGUCCCCAAUCCGCCCAGAACUGUUAACCAUCAGCACACUCCCAAUUCAAGGGCAAAAUCUGUCUUUCGAAGCCUGGAAAGGAUUCGCCUGCCCCCAGUGCGGACGUUGCAAUUCUCGAGAGGCUUGGGAGGGCUGGGAGUGCGGUUCUGACGGUUGCGGCUUUACGUAUAGGUUGGAGCACACACUCGUUCCUGCUACAUCUCUGCGCGACCCGUACUUCCCGCUAGGAACUGGGUAUGCCUUCUCCAGGGAUCUCAUCGGGAAGGGCUCUCCCGUCAAGCUUCGUGUGGAAUUCGCACACAACUACCGGAUCAACUACUUCGGCAUCGCCGGCAUCGACGGCUUCAUUGCGCAUCUCAUCGCCAACAAGACCGUCAACGAGGAGCCCAACGGCCCUAACGACAUGUUCGAAGACCUCCAACUCAACUCCAUCAAACUCCGCCGCAGCCCGCUGCCAACCGCCCAGCUCAAAGGCCAAUCCCUCACCAACCACUUCGUUGUCAACUACGGCAUGCCCUACAAAUUCAUCGCCGGCCCGCAAAGCCACCCCUUCGAGCACGCAGCCCGCGCCAUCAAAACCACGCGCUCGCGCCUCAACUGGGCCGGCCGCCUCGUGGCGCCCGACAUGCCGCACGCGUUCAACGAAGUCCUCGCCCUCGGCUACUUCGAGGACCAGACCAUCUCCUACCACGACGACGGCGAGUUCGGCCUCGGCCCCACCAUCGCGACCCUCUCGCUCGGCUGCACUGCCAAGAUGAAGGUCCGCAUGAAGGCGAACCACUACCACGGCGUGUCGAAGGGCGGUAACUACGACAGAGCGCAGCCGAUCGCCGGCUGCCAGAACUAUGAGGCACGCAAAGCCGCCCACGAUGCCCUCAUGGCGCUCAAGGCUGCGGAUCUUGCGGCGUAUAAGGCGAAACUGAAGGCGCUGCCGAAGGAGCUAGGGCUCACGGCCACGGGCACCGCGCGCGACGCGCUUGAGAUGAAGCUCGGCCACGGUGACGUUGUGAUUAUGCAUGGAACGGGAAUUCAGGAGUACUACGAGCACCGCGUCGAGCCGAUGGGGAAGCUGCGCUUUGCGCUGACGUGCAGGUAUAUCGACCCGGAUAGUCUGAAGCCCGCGGACCGGCCCGCGUAUGCGGUGCUGCCGGAUGAGGAGGGGUAUGAUGGGGGUUUGCUG